UUAACACUGUAAUGGUGUUUGACCUACAAGCGUUUGGAUUGGGAGCACUGGGAUUUAACCGCUGGUUUUACAAUUUAAGGGCUCUCUUUUUCGUUGGAGCAAUGAUGGAAUCUGUCUAUACCACCACUGCUCCAUAUUCAGAGAAUUGGACAAACAACAUGUCAGACGUCCGGGCGACAGAAGCCGACUACUAUGAGGACUACGAAGAAGAACAUCCAGAAAUCAGACAGACGCUCAAUAUCAUGUCUCUUGUUGUCUACUCCCUAGCGUUUGUUCUGGGGGUUCUGGGAAAUGGUGUGGUUAUAUGGGUCACAGGAUUCAAGAUGAAGAAAACUGUGAACACAGUGUGGUUCCUCAACCUGGCAAUUGCUGACUUCCUCUUCACUGUUUUCCUCCCACUGAGUAUAGUCUACACAGCUAUGGACUUUCAUUGGCCCUUUGGCAAGUUCUUGUGUAAGUUCAACAGCACCCUGGGGUUCCUCAACAUGUUUGCCAGUGUUUACAUCCUAGUGGUGAUCAGUGUGGACCGCUGUGUGUCUGUGGUACAUCCAGUCUGGGCCCAAAACCACCGCAGCUCCCAGAAAGCAUCUGGAGUGAGUGUUAUAAUCUGGCUAUUUGCCUUGAUCCUGAGCGCCCCCUAUUUUGCUUUCCGUGACACAGCACCUGCCAAUCACAAUGAAAAUGUCACCAACUGCUUCAAUAACUUUGCCUUAUCAGAUGAUUACAAGACCCCAGCUAUAAAAGAACUCAGGGCAUUCCGCCACCAGGCAAUGAUCAUAACACGUUUCUUCUUGGGUUUUGUGAUACCUUUUACUGUCAUUGUUUCCUGCUAUACCAUCAUAAUCCAUAAACUGCGGAGGAACCGUUCUCUCGCUGGUCGUUCUGGGAGACCUUUCAAGAUUAUUGCUGCUAUCAUCAUUGCUUUCUUCCUAUGCUGGGCACCUUACCACAUUCUGGUCCUUAUUGAGAUGAUCAACCAUAUGAUUUCAGAUGAAAAUAAUUCUCUGGAUAUUGUCACUACUAUUGGUAUCCCCAUUGCUUCAAGCCUAGCCUUUCUCAAUAGCUGCCUGAAUCCUUUACUGUAUGUCUUCAUGGGCCAGGACUUCAAGGACAAGGUCCGCAAAUCUAUUCUAACAGUGUUAGAGAGUGCCUUCACAGAGGAAGUGUGUCCUUCCAACUCUCACUCCUAUUCUGGACUCCACAGUCGAAGCAAAGAAAAGUCUUUUUCUGAUGUUGAGGUGUAAAGGGUUGCACAAAUUAUCCAUAUUCUAGUUGCCUGUGCAUAAUGUUUCUGUGCAAUGUCAGGUUCCGUGGGCAGACUCUACAUCAUGGUACUUCAUAGAAUAGUACUCAUUUAGACAUUCUAUUCAGUGAUUUCAGAGAAUCAUUUGAAGAAACUAUGAGGUUAACACAGCAUAGUUUGACAUACUGUACAGUACUCUAAUUAGUAUUUACCAUUGUGAAUAAUGAGCAAUAUUAUCUAUGGAGCAAUAUAUUUUUCACAGUCCAAAAGACAAGUUGUUAUUCUUGAACCUCAGCAAAAACAAUUCCACAAUGUUUCCUUUCUAGUUCCUUUAAAAAGGACUUUAAAAAUACACACACACACACAACUUUAAAAAUAAAUUAGUAAUUUACCAUAGCAUGGAUAAAUAAUGGAAUUGAUGGCUUGACUGAUGACAAUCCCAAAAAUUUAAUGAUUGAAGUUAGACAAAUGAGCUGCAAGUUCAAUUACUGUUGUUUUUAUGUCAUUCUAAUAUGCAUGUAUGAAUGACAUUCAAGAUACACAGGACAAGAUGUUACACCCCAUGCGUAUAUUGUAAAUACUUUGUAAAGUUUGUAUCAGGUAUAUUGAUUUUGCUGGUGUGAUGUUAAUUUAGUGUGUGUUUUGUGUACUUUGUAAACUUAUU